AUUUAAUUUUUAUUGCUUUUCGUCUUAAUUCUUGUUCAUGCAAAUAAUUAUAAUGUUUAAGAUAGAAUUCAAAUUAUAAAGAUGUUAAACCAGUCGUCACAUAAACGUUUCUAAAUGAAAGACAAGUCCCCUUUGUCCGACACGAUGGGGAUUAUGUAUGAGAAGCGGCCGUUAAAGCGGCCUCGGCUGGGGCCUCCUGACGUGUAUCCUCAGGAGGCUCGUCAGAAGGAAGACGAACUUACAUCUGCCAACGUCAAACAUGGAUUCACAACAACACCACAGUCUAGUGAUGAAUUUGGCACAGCCCGUAAUUGCAACUAUUCUACAUCCAAGAUUGGCCAAUUCUUUUCUGGUAUUCUGUCUAAAAAGGAAGAGUUAAACACAUUACCUGACUGUGGUAGGAAGAGGCAACAGGUAAACCCAAAGGACAACUUCUGGCCUGCCACAGCUCGAACUAAGCCUCAAAUUGAAGCUUGGUUCAAAGACUUAGCAGGAAACAAACCGUUAUCCCAACUUGCAAAGAAGGCACCAAAUUUUAAUAAAAAAGAAGAGAUAUUUGUAACGCUGACAGAGUAUCAGGUGGCAAUGCCUCGAGCAACAUGGUUCAUCAAACUAAGCUCAGCCUAUACUGUAGCUGUGUCUGAGGCUAAGAUUAAGAAGAGACAGCUUUCAGAUCCUACUACUGAAUGGACAACAACACUCAUUAAGUUCCUCAAAGAUCAAAUACCAAAGUUAGCUGAGUAUUACCAAAGCUCUGUGCUGGGAAAUAUAUCAGACAAGACACCUCCAUCACAAUCAGGUCAAGGCACCCCUAGCCACAAUUCAUCAGGCAACCCACCGGGCGGCUCAACGCCAAAUUCAACUGUACCAAAUUCGAUGCACUCGCCUGGCAACUCUAGCGGUUUGGGUUCAUCAACCCCGAAUUCAACAGAGAGCACAGACUGGAGGCAAGCUUUAAGGCAAUGGAAUUACUGUUGCCGAUUGUCUCGUUUCCUGUUGGAUGAAGGUCUCUUAGACAGGCACGACUUUCUCACGUGGAUUAUUGAAUUGCUCGACAAAAGAUCGCCCGAUGAUGGACUUUUGAGGCUCUUUCUGCCGCUAGCAUUACAACAUAUGAGCGAGUUUGUUUGCUGCGAGGGGCUCUCCCGUCGACUUGCAACUUCAUGCGCAAAGAAGGCUGCCGCCAUUUGUUCAGUUUUAUCGGAUACUACUUUGAGAGCACUCAACCAGCCGGUUGUUUUUAAAACCGAUAGAAUUGGAGAUGGAAAUGGGGCACCAAUGUCUCCAUCAGCAGAAGGCAAUGGCGACGUAAAACCAAACAUCUCACAAAUUAAACGUUCUACAACUCCAGCGGAUCAAAGUCAAGGAACACCUAAUCCCAACCACUCACUUGGAACUCCUAAUCCCAAUCAUUCCUUAGGAACUCCUAACCCCUUAGGAACGCCUAACCCUCAACAGCCUCUGGACAUACAAGUUAAAGAAGAAAGGGUGUCUCCUUCAAGGGAUGUAAAGCCGAAUUUAAAUACAGUAAUAACAGCAGCUUUGAACCCUGUACAAGUUGGAUUUGGAGAGAUACUGAAUUGCUCCUUCCAUAGAGAUGUCAUUAUACAACUGGCUACUAUUUUGCAGAUUAUUUGUAUAGAAUGCCCCGCUGCCAUGGUUUGGUCAGGUUGCGGAUCCUCCUUACAGGGUUCUCCGCUGGACUUACUCCCGCUACCGCCAUCCGCUCUACCUAUGCCUCAAAUGGACUCAAUGCUCACUGAAGAACAUAGAAAAGUGGUAUAUGAAGCUGAACAAGAGAUUGCUGCUAGAAGUAAAAAGGCGGAGAGUAAAUGGUGUACAGACAAAUGGCAAACGAGUUCACAAGCUCGUGUGCUAGCAGUACUAGAAGCACUGGACAGACAUUGCUUUGAUCGAGUCGAUCCAAAUAACAAUUUGGACACGUUAUACAAGGAAGUCUUCGCAAACUGUAUGCCGUCCAACAAAGAUGGAAAUCCUGAUCCUAAAGAUCCGGAAUGGGCGUGUUCGUACGCAGUAGUGCGCGUGCUUUGCGAGUGGGCGGUAUGUGGAGCACGCUGGGGUGAACACCGAGCUAUGGCAGCGGCGGCCCUUCUUGAUAGGAGACAGCACCAUCAUCAGCAACAUCAUGAACACCAAGGUUCAGAUGACAAGGAAUCCGUCAGUUCUGGCACGGGUCUGUACAACGGACCUCCAAUAUUUCAAAAUUUAUUACUACGUUUCUUGGACAACGAUGCGCCUAUUCUAGCCCUCUUUAAUUGCCUUCAUACAGAUGAGAGUCCGAACGCGCCGCCCGGUAACCGGCAGCAAUUCGCAAAUCUGGUGCAUUUGUUCGGUGAAUUGAUACGGCGUGACGUCUUCUCCCAUGACGCUUAUAUGUGUACUCUCAUAUCUAGAGGAGAUCUCAUUUCACCCACGGAACCGACUUGUUCCGGCUCUAGUUCACACACGGUAGCCCCACCGGCCACCAGUACCGGCACAACUCAUAACAUGGAUGAUGAUAUCUUCGCGGGAAUUGAUCUCAAACCGAAAAUGGAGGAGAACGUACGAAUGGAUCUUGAUGAUUCAAAAAUAGAUGACGACUUGGAUAAAUUGCUGCAGCACAUAAAAGAAGACCAGCAAAAUUCAAUGGAUGCGCCAGACAGUCCUAAAGAUCCAGGAGAAACGUCCCAUAGUGUCAACUCACCAAUGAUGGGAGCGAGUGCGAUGGGUAUAGCAGGAAUGCAAUCCAUGGGGAUGGGCCCCAUGUCUGUACCAGGUAUGCGUUCAUCAAGCUCCACGGGCGGUGGCAGCACAGGGACAGUGUCCAGACAUUACCACUACACGAUGCACUUCGCAUUGCCUCCUACUGAGCCGGAACAUACGCCGCAUGACGCCAAUCAGCGUCAUAUCCUACUGUACGGGGUUGGAAGACAGAGGGAUGACGCCAAACACGCUGUAAAGAAAAUGACCAAAGAAAUAUGCAAAUUAUUCUCCAAGAAGUUUUCAAUUGACGUGGCCGAAGGUGGAAAGAUCAAAAAACACUCGCGAAGUGAAUUCAACUUCGAAGCUGUCACUCAAAAAUUUCAGGCUAUGUCAAUGUACGAGCAAGGCGCCGUAUCUUGGGCGGUAGGGGGCGCAGUUUGCGAGGCUUUGGCUGCAUACGCCGUGGGCGCUACUACGUACUUACCUCAGCCCGAACACGUUGCCUUUGCUUUGGACUUGAUGGAGAUAGCGCUCAACGUUCACGGACUCAUCGAGACAUGCAUACAGAUACUGAAAGAGCUGUCUGAAGUGGAAGCAGCAUUAAUAACUCGUGGAGCAGCCAGCAGUGGGUUGGCUGCGCCGCGAGCGUACACUUCCGCCCUAGCCCUUUAUACCGUCGGUGCUUUACGGAGAUACCAUUCUUGUUUGUUACUAUGCGUAGAACAAACCUCAGCGGUAUUCGAGCAGCUGUGCCGAUUAGUCAAGUGCGUAGUGAAUCCGGGCGACUGUGGCUCGGCCGAGCGAUGCGUGUUGGCGCAACUACACGACUUGUACAAGGCCGCAUCUCAUUUGUUCCACGCUCCGCACGCUGAUACAUUCGCCAACGCUUACCCGAAGAUCAAACAAGCACUGUACUCGCCAUUAACACCGACGCCGUCCAACUAUCAAUACAAUCCUCAAUUUUUAAGCGAGUUCUUCACUAACCAAAGAAAAGGCAAAAUCGAGAUCUCGUGGGCACGUCAAGUAGCCGAGUCGCCGGCUAACCGAUACAGCUUCGUGUGUUCUGCAAUGCUCGCUGUCUGCCGUGAGGUGGAUAAUGAUCGUGUAAACGAGCUAGGAGUGGUGUGUUCGGAGAUGACCGCAUGGUGCAGUAGUCUGGCCGCGGAGUGGCUUGGGGCUUUAGUGGCGCUGUGCGGUGCUCAGCACUACCCCGCGCCGCACACACCGCAUGCCGCGCCGCCCCCACUCUACCCCGACCUGUUGCAUCACAGAGACCUCCACGAUGCAGCCGCGCACGACGCACUCGCAGUCUUCACCUGCAUCCUCGUCGCUCGCCACUGCUUUUCCCUGGAGGAUUUCGUGCGCCACGCCGCGUUACCAUCGCUUGUAAAGGCAUGUGGCGGAGGCGGGCCGCUUCCCCCUAACGCACCCUCACCCGACGCCGGUGCACGCCUUACUUGCCACUUACUUCUACGACUGUUCAAGACUGUCGAUACGCCGCAGCCAGGUCUUUACAGCGUGUCAACAUCACCCGGACCAGGAGGUGCGGGUGCAGGCGUCCGGUUAUCAUGCGAUCGCCAUCUUCUAGCCGCAGCGCACAAAAACAUUGGUGUUGGACCUGUUCUUGCCACACUUAAAGCCAUACUUAUGGUGGGAGAUUCUACAGCACGGGAUGGCGGUAAACCUAUCGGGAAGAAAUCCAGCGAACUGUCUCACAUCCUCGGGACCAGCGAUGCCGUGCCUACUGACGCCCAACUCGACCUUAUGUCGAUGGUAGAUACAGAGAUGAGUGGGGGCCAUAGAACUCCUAGAGGCAGCGGCGGCGUCGGAUCAACCCUUUUGGACUCAUCGCAGUCUCUAUCUUCAUUGGCACGGCGAGUGUUAGCUGAAAUAUGUUCCGAGGAAUGGGUGCUGCAGAAAUGCCUUCAGAACCCUGACGAACUAUACCAACCCGAUAUGCUGCUAGAUUCUAUGUUAACGCCAAGACAAGCCCAAAGAUUACUGCAUAUGAUAUGUUAUCCAGAUUCGGCUAGUCACACGCAUCCUGACCUCGAUCAAAAGACAAUGAUAACUCGUUUACUUGAGAAUUUAGAACAAUGGUCAUUGAGGAUGUCAUGGCUAGACCUCCAGCUGAUGUUUAAACAGUUCCCUAACGGUUCUUCGGAGCUAAGUGGAUGGCUGGAUACAGUGGCGCGUGCCGUCAUUAAUGUGUUCCAGCAACCGGCACCGCCUCCUCCAGACAAAGACAGAAUGGGCACAGAACGUGGCGUGGUGAGCACCAGUAAGUGGUCAGAAUCGGUGUGGCUGGUGGCGCCGCUCGUUGCAAAACUACCGCCCACAGUACAGGGGCGUGUGCUUAAACAGGCCGGACAGAUAUUGGAGAGCGGGUGGGGAGCAGGAUGCAGCGGUGGUUGUUCGAGUGGCGGCGGUGGCGGUGGUGGCUCGCAUCGCGACUGCAAGAGUCAUCAGAGCCCGAGCUAUAAAGGGUCGGCAGGCGCGGGAGGUGGAGGAAAACGAGGCGUUGGCGGAGGAGGGAGUUGCUCUUGUGGUGCAUCCGCCGUUCGCCUCGCAAACGAACCGUUACUGUCGCUAGUACUGACCUGCCUACGUAAUCAAGACGACCAAAAGGAAAGCCUACUAAGUUCAAUCCAUGCACAACUCUCGCAUUAUCUUACGCAUGCUCGUGACCAUGAACGCAACGCGUGCGGCGAUGCGUGGCAUGACGAAGCGGCACCGGAUGCGUUACAGUUGCGUUUCUCACUCGCGGGCGGGAUGUUUGACGCAAUCCGACGCUCAUAUCAGCUUACCGCUGAUUGGGCACUACUCCUGACGCAACUUAUCGCCCAUCAACUCAUCGACGCGUACAACAAUAGUCUGUGUCACAGCAACUUGUUCACGACAUUGAUCGACAUGCUUGCGACUCUGAUACACUCGACGCUAGCAGAAGGGAGCGACGAUAAUAACAGGAAGCACUACCAGAAUCUUAUGAAAAAACUCAAGAAAGAAAUUGGCGACAGACAUGGGCCGAGCGUUCAAGCUGUCCGACAACUUCUACCUUUGUCGAAGAAUACCAUUAUUGAGGUAAUAGCCUGCGAACCUCUCGGUUGUCUAGUGGACCAAAAAGGAAACAAGAUUACGGGGUUUGAUAGCGACAAAAAACAGGGCCUACGCCUAACAGAUAAGCAACGGGUGUCCAGUUGGGAAUUAGUGGAAGGCGGUCGAAAUCCUGCACCGCUUUCCUGGGCUUGGUUUGCGGCAACUAAGAUAGAAAGGAAACCACUGACGUAUGAAAAUGCACAUAGGUUAUUAAAAUACCACACGCACAGCCUCGUAAAACCACUAAGCUAUUAUUUAGAACCGCUGCCCUUACCACCCGAGGAUCUGGAUGCGAAUGAUAGUAAACAGGACAAUGGAAGUUUGGAUUCUAGUCCGACUGGCUCCGGAAAGGGACGCAAGAUGUCGUGCAAGAUGAGCAACAAAAUAAGCAAAAAGCCCAAACCAACUACGCCGACGAAUGGCGCCCCAGGAGGAGCGGGUCCGGGUGGUGCAGCGGCCGGUACCCAGCAGCCACAGUUUAUGCAGCAGCAGCAAUGGUUCCCUCCACCCGGUGCUGGUCAGGGCUACUACAAUCAACCCGGUGUCGGUGCAGGCGUUAAUCCACGUGGCGUUACACCUCCAGCGAACACGCAGUCGAAGCAAGCCCUCAGCAAUAUGCUGCGACAGCGAGUUCCUUACUCGCAGCAACUGUCACAGAUGCAGAGCGGUGGAUAUCCAGGAGCCCCGCAUCCGAGAGGACCAUAUCCGCGCCAAGGCAUAAGGCAGAUGCAACCUAAUCAAAUGGGACAAAUGCAACCAAACCAAAUGAAUCCAAUGAGCGCUAUGGGAAGCAUGGGACCGAUGAGCCAAAUGGGCGGCGUCCAAAUGGGGCCUAAUCAGAUGGGUGGCGCUCAAAUGGGCGGUGGACAAAUGGGAGCUGCACAAAUGGGCGGCGGACAGAUGGGCAGUGGACAAAUGAGCGGCGGACAGAUGGGCGGUAUGAGCGGGCAGAUGUUCGGCGGACAAUAUGGCGCGAUGCAACAGGGAUAUGGUUACGGGCAGCCUAUGAUACAGGGUGGUCAACAACAGAUGUUGAAUCAGGGAAUGGGCCAAAGUGGUCAAAUGGGCCAAAUGAGCCAGCAAGUUAACCCAAUGGGUCAGAAUGUUAACUCAAUCGGACAAAACGUUGGACAAAUGAACCAGGGUGUCGGCCAAUCUUCACAAAUGCAGCAAGGCAUGGGUCAAAUGGGACAGGGAAUGAGUCAGAUGGGACAAGGGAUGGGACAAAUGAGCCAGAUGGGGCAAGGUGGUGGUAUCGGCAGUAUGAGCAGUCAAACUGCGCCAAUGGGACCGCAAGGGGGCAAUUCUAUGGGUGGCUUUCCGGGACAACAAACAUUCCAACAGAACAUGAUGGGUGGACGUGCAAGUCAAGAAGCAUACCUAGCUCAACAGAGACAGAGUGCCAGGCCACCAUAUAUGCAGCAAGCACCAAAUGUAACAAUGGGCGGUAUGGGCGGCCACGCGCCUCCUUAUCCCAGAGCAAUGCAGCCCACACAAGCGGGCCAGUACCCGCAGCAAAUGGCCCAGCAACGGAUGCGGCAACAAAUGCAGCAACUAGCCAUGCAGCAACAGGGACCAUUGCAUCAGCACUUGCAGCAACGACAGUAUCAACAACCGUAUUAACUUAUUUUCUUCAUUUCUAUAACAUUUUUUAGGGAAAACCAUUGCAGGGCUAUGUCGGAUAUAAGCUUCGGCUUGCACUGAGACUAACCCUCAUCUUGGACUCCAAGAGGCCUUUAUAUGACACUGUAUAGUCAGAGUGCGCCUUCCAACUCGAGGACAAUGAAUAGUGACUUUACUUGUAUCCAUAACCCGGAGUUCCUUUUCAAAGGGGCGUACGACUCUCUUGCGAAAUCUGCUCUCCUGGUACAAGUUAUUUAAACAAAAUUCAAUGUUUCAAUGUUAAAGUCCGCCGUGCAUCUAGCAGCUUUAAACUUGGCUUUACAAGACAUUCACAAAUAUGACUUGUACAAAUGUCACAUAAGACUAAUAUUUAAUACUUUAAAGAUUGACCACUUAGAUUGUGUGAUCUGUGCCACGAGUUUAAGUUUUUCACAAUUGCAUGACGUUAAAGUAAAAUGGAUCUAAUGUUCCUUGUUUUGAAGUCGUACAUUGUGUACUUCUGAUUUUUAAUCUUUAAACGUUUAAAAGAGCCCUAGAGGUGAGAAUUACAUUAAGCUUUAAAAUGAAGACACUUAGUCCAAGUUUACUACGACGGUUAAAUGUUUUGAUUCUUGAAAUGAAACACGAUACUAUUGAUAGCUAGCGUAAAAUCUUCCACAAACACAAGUAAAAGAAAUAAUAGGCCCAUUUUAACUUUGGAACUCCGAGAAACUAUAAUUUUCAACAUGUGCUAACACGUACUAAAAGAACUUAAUUAUAAAUAAUAAAAAAAACUUCUUUAAUUUAUCGAUCUUCUUAAAUAUAUCGAGUACAUUUUUGAAAAAUCUAGAUCUUUUAUAGUGGCCCAUUCAUAUUUUCUAUGUGUUACCCGUCUUUUCUACGGGAAAUAUUUUAUUGAAUAUUUAUUGAUUGUAUUACGCUAGUGCUGUAUGUAAUUGUACAUUUAUAGACCUCCUAUUUUUAUCAAAUAAGAUAAUAUUUAAAUACAGUAGGGAAGGUUUUUUACAAUAAUAAAAUUACUCUCUUAACUUCUUUAUUAUUUAAUUAUACUACUAAUUUCGAAAUACCUUUUUAUCCACUAAUCGUCUGCUUACGGAUUGAUUGAUUGGUACAAUCCGAUUUAAACUUUAUGACUUCUCGAACUUAGUGCUUUUUGAUGCGCAGAAUUUAAUAUUCUGUAUCAGACAAUCAGCGAGCCGGUACCUAGCGAUACAUAACGUUUGAAUUGGCUUGUUACAGGUUUUACUACUGUUCACUUUAAUUUACCAUGAAGUUAUUUACUUAUGAUUCAUUUUGGCAUCAUAAUAUAGAUUAUUCUUAUUUUUAAUUCUUAUGUAGCGCUUUUACUACCCCCUUUUAAUUGUAUUCAGAAAUUACUAAGAUUCGAGCUCUGGUGUCGUAUUUAAUAUACUUUUAAUUGUUUUUACAGGAAUUACUUUUCCUUUAAGUUUACAUGUAACUAUAAGAUAUAAAUAAGUAGAAGACAAAUAUUGUGAUUAAGUUUAGAUAUUUAUACAGGAUAUAAUUUUAUAAAGUACAUUGAACGACUUGAUGAAUACUUGUAAAUAUUGGUGUAAAAUAUAAUAAUUUAGAAGAAUU